AUCUCCCACCCUUGGCUUGUCCUCCUAUGGCAGCCCCAAGUCAUGCUGGGAAUCUCCUUUGGGCAGUCUCAGCCCCUGGAAGGCUCCUAGCUGUGCUGCUUGGACUUAUGCUAGGGGAGAGGGGGAGAGGAGGGAGUCAAUGCGCAGGCGCGGCCUCGGCUCUCUUCUCUGUCAGCUGAGACUCUGCUCCCUAAAUCUUGGGGACCCGGAAGACUGGGAUGGACCAGUUUCCCCUUUCUUAGCUUGGGAGCAGGGCGUGGCUUGUGCGCAUGUGCAACAAGAGAGGAGGGGCAGGAGCUCUAUACCACAGGGGAAAUGCUGGGGGGGGCGUGUCUCCAUCACUUUAAAGGACCUAGAAAAAGGGACAAACCCGGAAGUGUCCCAGUAGACCUGGGAAGCUCCUUGUAGACCAGGAACCUUUGCGGGGCUUUGCUUUGGCUCCCUCACCCCCCCCCCCAGAUCUCCAGAAUAAAGCCGCUGGGGGAGGGGUGCAGUCUCAGGAUGGGGAGGGGCUGGUCGGGCUUUUCUCCAAAAGGGACAUUCAGGCGCACACAGAGGACGUCUCCCCCCUUGGAGCUGCCACCCCCUGAAGCACCCCAGGGUGGCCCCACAGCCAGAGGAAUGGCCCCCGGGACCCCGAGGCCCCCCUCCAAGGGGUCAAUAACAUUCAAAGAGGUGGCUGUAGACUUCAACCAGGAGGAGUGGUGCCUGUUGGACCAUUCUCAGAAAGAGCUGUACCUGGAGGUCAUGCUGGAUAAUGUGCAGAAUCUACUCUCUGUGGGGUUUCCAGUUCCUAGAGAAGAUUUUAUUUCCUGUUUUCAGCAAGGGAAAGCACCAUGGCUACUAGAGCAAAAAGGCCCAAGGAGCUCCUGUCCAGAAGCAGAGACCAAUUUUGAAAUGAAGGAGAUGUCUACAAAGCUGAGCCUUUUUUUAAAGCGAUUUUACCUCCAAAGAUGCAUGAAUGAGGGUCCCUGUGACUUCAUUUUGAGAGAAAUCUGUGACACUAAUAUCAAUCGAAAAAAAAAUCCAAAGAGUGACUGUGAAUUUGAUGAAACUGCAAAGAAAUUCAGCCAAUAUUUAUUCCUAAGUCAGUAUAUGAAAUUGACCCCAGGAAAUAUCUGUUGUCAGGAUAGUGAAUACAGAAAAUGCUUUCCUGAAGAAGUAAAACAUGUUCUUUCACCUGAGAAACCUCCUGAAAUGCCCAUGUAUCAAGAAAGCAUAAGGGGAAUGGCCUUCAGCUCUAGUUUAGACCUUAUUAGACAUCCAAAACGUAAACAUAUAGGGGUGGUUUCUGUAACUAAUAAAGGUAGGAGUCCUUUCAGUCUAAACUCUGAGUGUGGUUCACAUCAAGUAAUCCACUCUGGAGAGAAACCUUAUGAAUGUAAACACUGUGGAAAGACUUUCACACAGAGGGGAAAUCUUGCCAGACAUCAGAGAAUCCACACUGGAGAGAAACCUUAUGAAUGUAAACAGUGUGGAAAGGCUUUUACUGAGAGGAGCCAUCUUGCUGCACAUCAGAGAAUCCAUACUGGAGAGAAACCUUAUGAAUGUAAACAAUGUGGAAAGGCUUUUACACAGAGGGGUGAUCUUGUUGCUCACCAGAGAAUCCACACUGGAGAGAAACCUUAUGAAUGUAAACACUGUGGAAAGGCUUUCACACAGAGAGGCAAUCUUGCUGCACAUCAGAGAAUGCACAUUGGAAAGAAACCUUAUGAAUGUAAACAAUGUGGAAAAGCUUUCACACAGAGGAGUAAUUUUGCUGCACAUCAGAGAAUCCACACCGGAGAAAAACCUUUUGAAUGUAAACAGUGUGGAAAGUCUUUUGCAGAGAGGGCCUCUCUUGCUGCACAUCAGAGAAUCCACACUGGUGAGAAACCUUAUGAAUGUAAACAAUGUGGAAAGGCUUUCACACAGAGGGGUUAUCUUGCUGCACAUCAGAGAAUCCACACUGGAGAGAAACCCUAUGAAUGUAAACAAUGUGGAAAUACUUUCACACAGAGGAGCAGUCUUGCUAUACAUGAGAGAAUCCACUCUGGAGAGAAACCUUUUGAAUGUAAACAAUGUGGAAAGACUUUUAGAGGGAGGGGCUCUCUUGCUGCACAUCAGAGAAUCCACUCUGGAGAGAAACCUUAUGAAUGUAAACAGUGCGGAAAAGCUUUUACAGGGAGAGGCUCUCUUGCCAGACAUCAAACAAUCCACACUGGAGAGAAACCUUAUGAAUGUAAACACUGUGGAAAGGGUUUUUCAAGGAGGGGCUCUCUUGCCAGACAUCAGAGAAUCCACCCUGGAGAGAAACCUUAUGAAUAUAAAUUAUAUGGAAAGUCUUUCACACAAAGGGACUCUCUUGGUAGACAGUGAAUCCAUUCUAGAGAGAAACCUUAUGAAUGUAAAGAAUAUGGAAAAUCUUUCAAAGAGAGGGACCAUCUUGCUGCAUAUCAGAGAAUCCACACUGAGGAAAAACUUCAUGGCUGUCAUCAAUUUGGGUAAGCAUUCAUAUAAAGCUCCACAGUUGCCUUGUGUGAGAAAAUCUACACUGGAGAGAAACCUCUUGAGUGACACUGAGCUUAUCGUCACCACUUUUAGAUUAUUUAACAGAAGAGGAUCCACACUAGAGAAAAACUUUAGGAAUAUAAUUAAUGUGGUAAAGGCUUCAGGGAGUAAUCAUCUCUUACUCUCAACUGAGAAUUCCUUUUGGAUAGAAGUCUUGUCACUCUCAUGAAUGUGUCAUGAGCUUGUUUGUUGUUUUUUUUUUUACUCACAAGGAAAUGAGAUUUACAUAGAACUCUUCAAUUUUCUCCUUUCAAAUAUAACCAAUUAAAUUUUUGAUGGGUGUUAUCAUUAUCAAUAUUGUAUAAUUUUAAAUGACAAUAUUAUACAUUAUAUUAUGUCAUUUUAUAACAAAUUAUGUUAUUGUAUAAUUUGUGCUAUUAUAGAUUAUAAUAUGACUGUCAUUAAACAUAUACAAUACUAA